CGUAUAGAGUAUAAUAGAGUAGAUCUAGCUAGAUCUAGACUCUAUGUGUUAAGAUUUUAGAUCUAAAUGAAUAAUAUUAUACUCAUAGAUUGAAUAAAAAUAAAGGGAACGUUUGGUAAUCAUAAUAAUUUGUUUCUGAAAACCUCCUCAAUAUUGACCAUUGAGUCAAUUGUUUUUAGCCGUAAGUGUCUAAACAUGCAAUGUGAAUGCUAUUUAAAAUAGUUCUAACAAUAAUCCAGCCUUCUGUGAAUGUGAGGGUGAAUACAUUUAAAUCUCUAGCAAAUUGGAAAUUGUGUGUAGUUAACAAACUCAGUUCUUUUUUCACUGAUUGCACUUUGCAUUCAAGAAUGUCCACUUCCUCUUCACAAAGACGAAUCCCAGAUGACUCUAUUCAAGAAGAAUUCGUUCAUGUUGGCAAAGUGAAGACUUCUGUCUUAAAACUUGGACACUUCAAAGAUUCACCUUCUCCAGGAAACCAAAAAGUUUUAAUGCUAAUUAUACCAGGUAACCCUGGGGUGCCAUACUAUUAUGAAGACUUCAUGCAGGAACUUUACAGUCACUGUGACUUUCAAAUACCAGUCUGGGUUCUAGGUCAUGCAGGACAUGUUCAGCCCCCUGGAGAAAGACUCUCUUUACAAGACAUCUGUUCUACUUCAGAACAAGUGUAUGGACUUGAAGCCCAAAUCUCACACAAAGUUGAGUUUAUUCAGAAUCAUGUUCCUCGUGAGGUGAAACUUAUUCUGAUCGGCCAUUCCAUCGGCAGUUACAUGAUAUUAAAUAUAUUGGAUAGUCUGCCAUCUGACCAGAUACUAAGAUGUUUCAUGCUCUUUCCAACUAUUGAACGCAUGUCCUCAUCGCCAAAUGGAAUUAAAAUGACACCUGUUUUAAGAUAUAUGCGCUGGCUCGUCAUUUUUACUGCAUUCAUCAUUUCACUUUUGCCAAAGUAUCUGCAUGUUCACAUUUUUAAAUGGUGGUACAAAGACUUAGAUUGCCCAUCAUGCACUCUUAAAGCCAUUCUUGCCACCAUUAGCCCAUGGACAGUUAACUACACAACAUACCUGGCUAAACUGGAAAUGGACAAAGUAACGUUAUUACAGGCUGAACUCAUCAAAAAGCAUGCAGACAAGCUCAGUUUCUACUAUGGCGCUAAUGACCACUGGGCCCCACCGCAGUAUUACUAUGACCUGAUGAAACGGUUCCCGCAUUUAGACGCAAGGCUCUGCACCUUGAAUUUAAAGCAUGCUUUUGUGCUGGACACUCAGGAAGGACGUGAAAUGGCUAAAAUAGUGUGGCUGUGGGCCCAGUCCCAUCACCGCACAAUUCUGCUUUCACAAAAUGAUGAUGAUGAAGGCUGGGUGUUUGAGACAUGAGGCACCUACAGGAAGUCAAUUAUUCUUAACAAAUGUUCCACUAUUUAUUGAUUGUAUUGUAUUUAUAUUUCAUUUUAAAACAGUUUUAUACUUUCUAUGUACCAGUAUGUGUAGAAAAAAAAAAAA